AUGAGUGGUUUGGAAUCUUUGGAUUUGAGUUUCAACAAAUUCUCAGGAAAUAUCCCACAAUCUUUAGCAUCAAUAGGUUUUCUUGGACAUUUGAACCUAUCUUACAAUAACUUGAGUGGCAGGAUCCCAAGAGAACCUCACUUUGACACAUUGAGUGGAGAUGGUUCAGCCUAUGCCAACAACAGUUUGUUGUGUGGCUUCUACACAAACCACACUUGCGAGGGUGAUCAGAUCAGCAAUGCUACUGAUAAAACUCCAUACGAAAGUUAUGAAGAUAAUAAAAACGAUGCUAAAGAGAAGUUGUUGUUGUAUGCCAUCGUUUCCCUGGGGUUUGGAGUAGGAUUCUGGGGCUUAUUCCUUGUUUUGCUUUUGAAAAAAGAGAAAUGGUGGUUUGGGUAUCGGAUAUUGGUUGAUGUUGUUGCACUGAGAGUGGCCAACUGUUUGUAA